GAGAUGGCACUGAACCCACCACACUAUGGCACACUCUGUGGCACAGGUACAGCUCGCUCCCACAGGAUUAAAAUCAAUCUCUAGCUCCUACUUCCUAAAGAGAGAGAGAAAAAGAGAGAAAAGAGAGAGGGCAGAGAAAGAGAAAAGAUGGAAGAACUGAAGAGGUGAAACACGUACUUUACUGUCUCUACAGCCUCAAACUGCACCUCUUCCUUCAAUAAGUCCAUAAGAAUGAAUUUGGAAAAGGACGGGUGGGUGGGGGGCGUCUCAGAAAAGAAAAGAAAAAAAAAAGACGCGCAUUAUGUUGCUGUCUGAAACCCGACUAAGCUCCUCUUGUGAAUUUGUUGGAUGUCUGAAAUGCUUUACUGAGUCUUAUGCUACAUUUUACCUGUUUCUGCGAGGAGGACUCGCCCUGAACCCCCUUAAGAAAAUGUCCCAUCCGAACUGUAAAAUAGGUGUCAAAUACAGUCAGUAGAUCUGUAAAGUAUGUUUAUAUGUAUGUAUGUAUAUCUAUCACAAACUUGAUGGUGUUUAUAUUUAUUGACUGCUUUUCUUUGCCUUGUUUAAAAAAAACUGCCUGGUGGCCAUUUUAUUUUCUUACCUUCUAUGUUUUAUAUCGUUAUUUACUUACAAUGUAUUUAUGCUGCAAUGCCUUCAACCUGUAGGCUUACAUUGCUCACAUUUUUGUUACUCUUUGCCUCUUUCUGUUCCACUUUCGAUGCCAAUGAUAGCAUUCUGAGUGACAAGUAAAAAGAAAUGCAUUUAGCCCCCCACAACAACCACAACAAUAGUGCUUUUUUUUUCCAUGUGUGUAUGUGUGUGCUAAAGAUCACCAAGCUGUUAUYACACAGGAAGAAAUGGUAGGACAAGUUUAAUACUUUGAGCUAAGCCACAAUCACAAGGGACUAACUGCUCGGGUCAUAAUCAAAAGCUGUUUAUGUAGGGCAGACUCAAAGCGUGCUAAGCCUAACCUUUUGUGUGUCGCUUUCUGUUCCUAAAUCAGAAGUGAUUUACCCACGAGAUCUACAUUUAAAUGACUCCAGAUGGUUAAAAAAWGGAAAAAAUAAUAAUAAUCCUCAAGCAGUGGUUGAGUUGAUGGUGAGCAGAAAGUACCAAGCGACAUUCUCUUAAAAAUGUAACCCAGGACUUMUUUUGAAAACAGCAAUAAAAUAUGACAGAAACACAAAGACAACAAUUAUUGGGCCUCUUUUUUUGGAGCAUAAUUUCCCUCCGUUAUUUUUAUUUUAUUUUUUUCAUCACGUAUCCCAAGAUUAGUUGUUCCUACAGUUAUCAAAUGUUACUGGCUUGUUGGAUUAGCAGCAUGAUUGUUCAAUAUUCCUGUUAAAUGGUGAGCUAAAAAAAAAUUCAGUAGGUUAAGGCCUAACAGGCACUAUCAGAACAUACACAUGACCAUAGAAUUAGGAAAGUUAUUCUAGAUAUAACCUGUGUAUUCACUCAGAAAUGUACAGACAAAGUGGACCAGAGGCUGUUUCCCCUCCUGUGAGAAACUGUUUAUAGGUAAAUCAAAUUACUGCACGGAACAGCAGCCCUUUUGAUUAUGUUCCAGUCUAUAUUUGUCACGGUUGUACAGACCAUGUCUAUUUUAAAGCUUUUUUAAUUUUAUGUGCUCUUGCCUCUCCAUGAGGCAGGUUGUUAUUAUUUGAGGAAAGUAUAUUUUGUGCAAUUAUGGUAUCAAAUGUAUUCACUACUGCGUAGGAGCCACGGUAUGAAACACACACAGCAUCUUAGCACUGUGUAAUAAUUAGAUUUUUUUUCCUGAUCUUUGGGGGAAAGGGAAAACAAUACAAUGGGAAAGCUUUUCUUGUCUUUGUAAGGGAGACAGACGACCUCACUUUUAUUCAAUGUGAAGUACAAUAUGCACCUUACAUGAUCUUUGUAAUUGACUUUUAUUUGCCAGUGUGAAGAAAAUUGUAAAUGUUUUGUUUAUGUAUGUGUGAGCUUAUGAAAUUUAUUAAAGUCUUUUUGCAUUGUA